CGGUCGCGUCUUUUUUUUCCCUACCGUUAUUGCGUAAAAUUGCAGAAUUUCACUCAGGAAGCGACUUGUGCGAGAGGCUACACAGAACACACGCAGUACGCAUGCGCGUGGACUUGAAACGUCUCCAACUUAACUAUAGUAGCGUAGUACAGUACGAAUUACGCUGCAACAGUGCAAGCAUGGCUGAAUGUAAAGGUGUCACUAUCCCUGAAAGAGUACUGGCUGUCCUCCCCAGUGGCAUUACUUACCAUGCUUGUAAUCUUGAAAUUGAAUCCUUCAAUGAGAAUGAAGUUCAUUUUCGUACAACUCUGUGGCUGAAUCUGAGCACCAAAGAAGAAUUUGAAGAAUGGUUGCAAAGUUUUCAAGAGACUUCUCACGUGACUUGGCGGGUCAGGCGGACAGUUCCAACAGACGGAGUUAAAGUAUUGUUCAAGAAAUCCUAUCGUUGCCAGCACAAUACACUACCAGCGAAAGCCUCCACAAAUUCGAAACAACGUGUUGCAUCCAAGAAUACCAAUUGCAAGGCUGACAUGAUGGUGAAGAUCAGAGUGUCGAAAUUUGAAGUACACAAACGCAGCAGAAGCAAAGAUCACCCGGAUUAUCAGGCACAAAUUGUACUAAACAACAUGCAUAACCAUCCGGUUGAGUGUGCAGACGCUCUAAAGCAUAGAGAUGUAUCGGAAACCACUAAAGCAAUGCUGACUGACUUAUUUCAGCGAAAAUACGGGCCAACACAAGCAGUAGAAAUGCUGAAAUUCGACCUUCAAUUGAAGCACGGCGAUGACUACCAUGUGAAGGCAGCAGAUCGAGCUGUCUGUCCGGAUAUCCAGUUUGCCCACAGGUUGUAUCGCAAAGUUUUCAAAGAGGAGUAUGGGGAGUCUUGUGGAGAAGAUAUGCUGAACAGUCUCCGUGAGAGAAUCAACCAAUUCAAUGCAGAGGCAGGUUCGACAUGCAUGGCGAUGGAUGUCAAUGACAACCAGUUAGUUGUUGCCAUAUGUACACCCUUAAUGAAAAGAGUACAUGAGGAACUCAAGCAUUCUGGAGAGUUGGUGUUCAUGGACGCCUCGUCCAAUAUGGAUCGGCAUGGGUGCAACAUCUUCCUAAUGUUGACCCAUAGCUGUAUCGGAGGGAUACCCCUUGGUGUGCUGGUGACAACCUCUGAGUCUGAAGUUGUCAUCAAGGCAGCCCUGCAGCUCUACACCACCCUGCUCUCUGAUGACAGCUUUGGAGGGAAAGGUCUGCAAGGUCCAGCGGUCUUCAUGACUGACGAUUGUGCAGCUGAACAACAUGCCCUUCAACAGAUGUUCCCCUCAAGCACCAUUCUGCUCUGUGUUUUCCACGUUUUACAAGCGACGUGGAGGUGGCUCUGGGAUGCCAAAAAUGGUGUGCAGAAACAUCAAAGGCCAAACCAUCUACAGCACAUGAAGCGGCUCAUCUAUGCGGACACGGCCGAGCAGCUGGAGCAGCUGUAUCAGCAGAGCCUCCAGGAUCCUAGCAUCUCAGUGAAAUUCAAGAAGCAUCUAACGACUUACAUGACUCGAAAGAACAUGUGGGCUAUAUGCCUGCGCAAUGACCUUAAUAUUCGGGGCAACAACACGAAUAACUUCUGUGAAGCUGCAAUGAGGGUCCUCAAAGACAAAGUUCUAGAGCGCACCAAGGCAUUUAGUGUCCCACAGCUGGUGGAUUUUGUGUCCACAUUUCUCCAGGACCACUACUAUCAGCGCCUCAUUGAUGUAGCCAAUGGUCGGCUGGAGUAUGUGGUGACAUCAAGGUUCAUGCUUCCAGAUAGGACCAUCACCAAGGAAAACAUCGAGCAGGUUUCACCGAGCCAAUUCAAGGUUAAGAGCCAGUCAGGAGACACUAACUACCACGUGGACACCAUGAUCGGCCACUGCUCAUGCCCAGUUGGCAAAACAGGUGGCCCGUGCAAGCACCAGGCAGCUGUGGUCAAGCACUUCAAGAAGUCUUCCACAAAUUUUGUCCCUGUGAAUGACAUGAACAUGAGGCUUCAGUUGUACAAGAUUGCUACAGAUGAUCUCCUGGACAAGUUCCAUGCCAUGUGCGACGAUAUGGCGCAAAAGGCGAACAAAUAUCCAGACGUGUUCAAGCCUGCGAUGAAUGCCAUGGUGCAGGCGUACACAAACAUCAAGACAGAUGCAAGUCUUCUGUCUGCUAUGCACUGCUUCGGUAAAUCUGGAGUAGUUCUACGAAAGGGUGGCCGCAUGCGACGUACGGGCCAGAUCGGUGUUCAACCAACAGCAACGGCUCGUCGUCGUCCCAAAAUGGGAAGAGGAGGCAAGCGGUUACAUUCUGGGCGACCUACUAAAUCUUCCCAUGUGGGGGAACAUGCCUAUGCUAAUGCUCAUAAUCAAAGUGCUUCUACAUCUGCAGUACUCCAGGUACCACGCAGGAAAAGAAACCCUGCACCACACUGCCUUAGCCAUGCAGUUUCUCGGAAUAAAUCUCUGGGAAAGACCCAUAGUGCUAAGUGAAGAAACAAAAAACAAAGGCAAUGCAAUCGUAUAGCACCCAAUCGCAAGGUACAAAUGAGAAUUCUUUCAUCAACAUCCAGCCUAUAAUUGCACAAGAGUCUCUCAUUUAACUGUGGCGUUGCCCGUGACUUGUCUCCAAUCUUGAUACAAAUUUGAAAUUGAGGCACUGAUUAUAUAUGCUCAAAAUUAACAUGAAGGUAUCUGAAGGCAUGUUUUGGGAUGGUCCGUCGAGCCGCACACCCUAGAUCUGGUUAAGUCUAUACCAUUCAGGAGAAUUUACAGAUUCUGUGCAUGUAUGAAACAAAGAUACUUCAUGGCAUAGUUUUUAGAGAAAUUUGCCAAAUGUCAAGGCCUUAUAAAAGGGUCAGAGUUCAGUGAAUUUUUGUUACCAUUGCCAAUUUUCAACUUGUACUCGAGUUAGAAAUGUUGAGUGAAAUUUUUGUAGGAAGAUUUUAGAUUUUCAUGAAAAUAUUGAAGUUAGAAUUGAACUUCAAUGUCACAUAACUUAAGCUAGAUAUGCUUUUCCAUCUAGAACUUGAGUUAAAACUUCCUAGUAGUAUUGAAAUAGGAAGACUAUUAUACUUCAAAUCACUGAACGUACAUUUGUAAAUGUAAGGGUCAAAUGUCAUAUUUACAGGUCAAAGGCCCACUUUACUCAAGCUGAAUAUGCGGUUGUCCAAUAGGAUAUAAAUUUAGUAGUAUAUAGUAGAUAUAUGCUGUACGUAUUUGCAUUUGUGAAAAUUUAGCACAUGUAUCUGCAAAUAAUCUGAGAGUAGUAUCCUAAAUAACACAUGCUCCUGAAACGAUUUUGAGUAGAAGUACAAAAUAAACUAGUAAUCUCUGAAAUAACAUUUUCACAUAUUUUUGUUAUGCCAGUCGGCAUUGAUUCUCACUCAUGUGCGCAGUUACUGUAGUCCAAACAAAAUAUUUGUGUUAGUCCGUUUUAAGGCAUCGUUCAUCAUUUUUGCGACUUAAAAAUUCUUAAAUGGAUGGUUCUACAUGCUACAGAUGUCACUGUUAUGGCAUAAUAAUAAGGCUCUGAACAAAUUCAAAAUUUUUCAUUUUAUAGUGCCUUAAAAAAGCAAAAAUCUAUAAUUUCCCCCAUAGACCAGGGACAUCUAAUUAAAUCUCGGGCCGAAAUUUAAUUUACAAAGUAGCUGUUUGAGAUUUAUACCGGGAAUUUGUGUUGGUUUCAGGGUUUUUAGGUACCAACAGACCUACCUAUUUUGAGUGUUAUUAUCCCCUCGGUUGACGAAGUCGGAGAGAGUUGUGACAGAUUGUAACAAAAUUAGAUAUGGAGGGACUCAAUAUCAAAAUACAAUAUUAAGUUUGAUUUCCUAGGAUGUAGGUCAAAGGUUGAAGGUCUUAGCUCAUUAACUAUGCGAAAAUAGGUAAUCAUGAUUUCUGUUCAAUAACUUUAGUAAAGUUCACCUAAUUUUCAUGAAAUUUGAUAUGAAGGUACCUGUUAUCAAAAUACAGGGUAGUUUGAUUUCUGAGAAUGAACGUCAAAGUCUAAAGGUCAUAGCUCAAUAAAUAUGCAAAAAUAACUAAUUAUGGUUUCCGUUUAAUAACUUUAGUAAAGUUCAACUGAUUUCAAUGAAAUGGAUAUGAAGGUACCUGAUGUGAAAAAACUGUCUAAGAUCAAAAACAUCUUUAUCCGUGAGAUAUUCAUCAUAAAGUGAAUUAGCCUAAUUUACCAGGUGCACCAAUAAAUCCCUAAAAUCACUACUUAUGAUGUGAUUUCUUAGAAUAUUCAGAGCAAACCUUUUUGGGUGGUAAUUUUCCUUCAUAUGUCUAUCCAAAAUUAGAAAUACCGGGUAGAAGGAAAUCAAUUUUUUUUUACAAUUUUUUUACCAACACUGUACUUUACCUUUAAACUCCAUUAUAUCAAAGCUUUAAAGUCAUCCUAACCAUGUAAACAGAUGGGUGUUUCAUGAAAGUUUC